AUGUCACUCGAGACGCUUGUUAAACAAUGGUUGUCAUGGGAUCGUGAUUCCGCAACGCGGAAGACAAUUGAGGAGCUCUGGCGCGAUCAAAAUACCGAGAAGUUACAACAGCUUCUUUGCACUCGUAUGGAAUUUGGUACUGCCGGCAUCCGCGGAAGGAUGGGAGCUGGAUUCAGUCAGAUGAAUUCCCUUACCAUCAUCCAAACUGCACAAGGCCUGUGUGCGUACCUGAAGUCGUCCUUUGCAGCAGAGGAGCUCUCUUCAAAGGGUGUGGUGAUUGGCUUCGAUGGUCGUCAUGGCAGCAAAGAUUUUGCGCGAUACUCUGCAAAUGUGUUCCUAAACGCUGGAAUUCGCACGUGUCUCUUUCGUCAGGUGGUGCCUACCCCCUUUGUGCCUUUUUCCAUUCGUCACUACGGUUGCUUGGCUGGUGUGAUGGUAACGGCGAGCCACAAUCCCAAGGAGGACAAUGGCUACAAGGUGUACUGGAGUAACGGGGCGCAAAUUGUUUCACCUCACGAUAAAAACAUCUCCAAGGCCAUUAUGGAAAAUCUAGCCCCACUCGAAUCCUCAUGGGAGACUGCACCAGGCGCUAUUGAUCCAUUUGAUGAGAUUUGGACUCAGUAUUUUGCCACGCUUGAAGCUGAAUACAAACCGCUGGCCUCUGGCUACCCCGUUAACCUCACAUACACUGCAAUGCACGGUGUUGGGUGCCCCUUCACUGUUAAGGCGCUGGAGACUGCAGGUGUUCCACGUAACUGCAUCCAUGUGGUCAAGGCGCAGGCGGACCCAGACCCGGAAUUCAGCACAGUGGUAUUCCCCAAUCCAGAGGAGGGUGCCGGAACUCUUACCCUCGCGAUGGAGACAGCAGCUGCAACGGACUCUCUUUACAUUCUGGCCAACGAUCCAGAUGCUGACCGACUCGCUGUUGCCGAAAAACAAAAAGACGGCAGCUGGCGCGUCUUCAAUGGCAAUGAAAUUGGCGCAUUGCUGGGCUGGUGGAUUGUCUUCCACGCUCGCCGUUGUGGAGAGACGUUGGAUAACUGCUACCUCAUUUCAAGCACAGUAAGCUCUAUGAUUCUUCGUUCCAUUUCCCAAAAGGAGGGAAUGCAUUUUGAGGAAACACUCACAGGAUUCAAAUGGAUGGGAAGCUUGGCGGAAAAUAUUCAGAAAACAUCAUCAGCGCGUGUUCUUAUGGCGUUUGAAGAGGCUAUCGGAUACAUGUGCGGAACACGCGUCUUCGACAAGGACGGUGUGACAGCUGCUGCCAUUGUGGCCGACAUGAUUUCCUACAUCAUGAAGGAAGAACACGGAAAGCGACUCUCAGAAAAGCUUAUUGAGGUGUUCCAGAUGUAUGGCUUCCAUUUCACUUGCAAUUCGUAUGUGAUUGCCAAGGAUCCCAGCCUUGUAAAGGAAAUGUUUAAGGCGAUUGCAACUAUGAACAAUGGGGCAUAUCCGACUGAAGUGGCAGGNUCCCAGCCUUGUAAAGGAAAUGUUUAA